AAAAAGAUAAAAUUAAAGCAUACCCAUUUAUUUUCUUUCUAUAAAAAUCCCCCAAACCCUUCACUUCUUUAUCACGUCACAAGCUCUUUUCUUUUUCUUGGGUGCUCAAAGUUGUAGAGAGGGAGAGAGUGUUGUAGAGAGAGAGCUUAUUGGGAUACAAUGGAGGGUAAGGAAGAAGAUGUUAAGCUUGGAGCCAACAAGUAUGCAGAGAGGCAACCCAUAGGCACAUCUGCUCAAACAGACAAGGACUACAAGGAGCCACCACCAGCACCCUUGUUUGAGCCUGGAGAGUUGACAUCAUGGUCCUUUUACAGGGCUGGUAUUGCAGAGUUCAUGGCCACCUUCUUGUUCUUGUACAUUACAAUCUUGACUGUGAUGGGUGUGUCUAGAGCACCUAACAAGUGUGCCUCUGUGGGUAUACAAGGAAUUGCUUGGGCCUUUGGUGGUAUGAUCUUUGCCCUUGUGUACUGUACUGCUGGUAUCUCAGGAGGACAUAUUAACCCAGCUGUAACCUUUGGUUUGUUUCUGGCAAGGAAGCUCUCUCUAACAAGGGCUGUGUUCUACAUGGUGAUGCAGUGCCUUGGUGCCAUUUUUGGCGCUGGUGUUGUUAAGGGGUUCCAGAAAUCCCAAUAUGAGAAUUUGGGUGGCGGGGCCAACUUUGUGAAACAUGGUUACACCAAGGGUGAUGGCCUUGGUGCUGAGAUUGUUGGCACCUUUGUUCUUGUCUACACUGUCUUCUCUGCCACUGAUGCCAAAAGAAGCGCCAGAGACUCACAUGUCCCUAUUUUGGCUCCUCUUCCCAUUGGGUUUGCAGUAUUCUUGGUUCAUUUGGCCACCAUCCCCAUCACUGGAACUGGCAUUAACCCAGCUAGGAGCCUUGGUGCUGCCAUCAUUUACGACCAAGACCAUGCUUGGGAUGACCACUGGAUUUUCUGGGUUGGACCCUUCAUCGGAGCUACUCUUGCCGCUUUGUACCACCAGAUAGUCAUCAGAGCCAUUCCCUUCAAGAGCAGGGCUUAAGUUUCUUCCUUUUCAAGUCUCCCCAUCUUUGACUCUUAUCCCCAUCUCUAUUUGUUGCGUCUUUUCCUUCUCUUUUCAUUUGGAUUUUGUGUUAAGCUGAUAAUUAAGUGUGUAAAUUAUCAAAUUAUGUUGUACUUAAACUCGUUGCAUCCUUUGAAUGAAGAACUUUUUUGAUCUUUUCAUGUUCCUUUCUAGGCAAAGAGCAUGUUUACUAGAUUUUCACAGAUCAGUGAUUCGGUUUCAUCAUCCCUAUCCCUAUUUCUUUGAAUAAGCCAUGGAAGAAUAACUGGUGAAUCAAAAGAUUCAGAGAAAGUUCUUCUGGGCCUCAGAGAAGUGGCCAUGUUGUUUAAAAAGGGUUUCAAACCACCAACUGGUGUUGCAUGGGAAUGUACCUUGUCAAAGAGGUCUUCUUUCAGUACAAAACAGAGAACGAGGAUGAAUAUUUUGUUUUGUUUCGUUUCCAUGUAUUGAUUUGCGAUUGGACAACAAGUGCUGUUGAAUGUUACUGCUACAUGGAAAAGACAGGAUAUUUGGAGAAAACAAGAACAAGUCUGGGUUUUAUGGAAGAAGUAGUUUAAUGUAGCAGGGUUGAGUUUGAGGUUUUUGUAUGUUAGUUUUCAGACAUUUUGAAAACAACAAAAAGAGGGCCACUGUUGCUGCAGGACGCGCGAAUAAAAAAACAAGAUCGGAC